GAGAGGGGGCUGCUAAUGUUUAUAACCACUUGGCUGGCAACAAUAUGGCAACUAUAUACUAAUAAAAUCAGUGAUUUUGUCAACAUUUCUGAAGAGUAAGAAAUGGCAGUUAAAUAAAACAGCAUAUUAAAUGAGCGCUUCACGUUUUCAGUGUCCCGAUGGAGUGGGUGUUCAUCAUGAACCGGAUGAGCUCUCAGGGUAGCUCUGCAGCUCAGCGGAGGCGGAUGGCCCUGGGGGUGGUGAUACUCCUGCUGGUGGAUGUCAUCUGGGUUGCCUCGUCUGAGCUAACCUCAUAUAUUUUUAAGCGACAGGACUACAACAAACCCUUCUUCAGCACUUUCACCAAGACGUCCAUGUUUGUGCUGUAUUUGCUGGGGUUCCUCCUGUGGCGGCCAUGGAGGCAGCAGUGCACCGGCAGUCUGAAACGCCGGCGCUCUGCUUUUUUUGCUGAUGCUGAGGCCUACUUUGCACCCUGCACCACAGACACCACUGUGAACAACUGUUUGAGCGAACCGCUGUAUGUGCCAGUGAAGUUCCAGGACGUACCCACCGAGCACGCAGAGUGUUUGAUCAGAGACUGUGAAUCUACUUCCAAAAAACAGCGUGUCCGUUUUAGUAACAUCAUGGAGGUGCGUCAGCUCCCUUCUACUCAGGCCCUGGAGGCCAAGCUCUCCCGCAUGUCCUACCCGGCUGCCAAGGACCACGAAGCCAUGCUGCGCACGGUGGGAAAGCUGACCAUCACUGAUGUGGCCAAAAUCAGCUUCUUCUUCUGUUUUGUGUGGUUUCUGGCUAACCUCUCCUACCAAGAAGCUCUGUCUGACACGCAGGUUGCCAUCGUCAACAUUUUAUCCUCCACUUCAGGCCUCUUUACUCUCAUCUUGGCUGCCAUAUUUCCCAGUAACAGCAGUGACCGUUUCACCCUGUCCAAACUGUUAGCUGUGGCUCUGAGCAUGGGAGGUGUUGCACUUGUGAGUCUCUCCAGCAUGGACAGCCCUGAUGAGAAAGGUGUUGUAGGUUCGCUGUGGUCAUUAGCUGGGGCGAUACUUUACGCUGUCUAUAUCGUGAUGAUCAAGAGACGAGUGGAUCGGGAGGAUAAGCUUGACAUACCAAUGUUCUUUGGGUUUGUAGGUCUGUUCAACCUGCUGCUGCUGUGGCCCGGCUUCCUCCUGCUCCACUACACAGGCUUUGAGGCCUUUGAGCUUCCCAGCCAGCUGGUGUGGACAUACAUCCUCAUUAAUGGCCUCAUUGGAACAGUUCUCUCAGAGUUCCUCUGGCUCUGGGGCUGUUUCCUCACAUCAUCUCUAAUCGGGACUCUGGCACUGAGCCUCACCAUCCCGCUCUCUAUCAUGGCAGAUAUUUGCAUGCAGAAGGUGCGUUUCUCAUGGCUAUUUUUUGCCGGGGCAGUGCCUGUCUUCCUUUCCUUCUUCAUCGCCACCCUGUUAUGCCACUACAACAACUGGGACCCUGUUCUGGUGGGGCUGAGAAGGGUAUACGCUUUUAUUUGCCGGAAACAUCGCAUUCAGAGACUACCAGAAGACAGCGAGCAGUGUGAAAGCCUUAUUCCUCUACACACAGUCUCCCCCAGCGAAGGAAGCUUCUGUUCAUGAACAGUCAAAUAAAACGUGGCCAGCGUGGAUCUCACCGAGCUGACGAUCUGGAAGCUUUGAGAGACAUUAAACGUACCCCAGUGCCUCUUGUUCAUCUUAUUUAUUUACAAGAGUUUUGAAACACAGUCUCUCUCCCUCCACUUCUACAAGCCUUUCCUUCUUUUAAUUUUGCAUUCUUCACUGAGAUUCAGUUUCUGUGUAAAGAACUUUAUGGUACGACACGGUGCUGGACUUUAUCAGCAAUUACUGCAGCGUCAUGUGACGUUACACAUCCAUCAUAACGCUAACGGAGGGGGAGAAUGUGUGUGUGUGUGUGUUGUUAAAUGGCUGAAUAAGGGUGUGGCUUUACACCUUUAUACAAUUUAUAUUUAUAAACCAUUAAACAAAUGACAAUCAGUCAAAUUUGUACUUUCCACAGGAAAAAGUUUGUUUUUGAAAGAACAAGUCUGACGUUGUUUCUGAAGCUGAACUUUGAGUUCUGUUGAAAGUAUCUUAAAAAUGUCCUCGUGUCUCUGGAGGCUAUAUCAGCAGGGGUGAAAUCCUCCCUGUAACACCUGUUAUGAGUCAGACUACAUAACUGCCUUUUCCUGAGCAGAACAGGAGAUGUUUAUGGUGGAACACUGACCUUCUGAGAUCAUUUGCAUUUCUAAUAGAACAUUGUACGGAUUUACUUUCAAAUAAAAUGAAAAAAAUCUCCUCAGCUGUUAAAUCCGUCUUGUCAGCGACUUUCUUCUUUCCUCCUCCUCCUUCGUUGGUUGAUCCCGACGACUGUCGCUAAAAUAAACAUGAGCUUUGUUUGUCUAUGGAUCUGUAAGAUCUUCUACUAUAAACUAUAAAAUGCUUUCCUGCAAUAACAAGAACUGAAUCAAGGGUUACCUUUUAAAAAGGACGUCUAUACUGUACGCAGUAAAACAUGAGGGUCGUAUUGAUGUUUUAUUGGUGAACUCAAACACUACAGAAAUAAAUAUGUUGAGCUUAUUUUUCUACAUCUUUGUAAAUCCUUUCUGCAGUUGAGAUUAUGACGCGUCAUUUUGGCUGUUGCAUGUGAUUGUUCUUUUGGAGUUUUUGUUUUCUUAAGAAAACCUGCUUGUGAUUUUCUAUGAUGCUGCUUCUGUUAGCAGCCUGGGUGUCGGCCAUGUGGUCUGGUAUGUGAAGUCCACAGAUAAACCUUAGUCCACUCAUCCUGUUAAAUGUCAGAUGUGUGUGCACAUCCUUACAGUUUUUAUUGCACUCAUGUUUAAGUGGCAGUAUGAAAUGGAAGACGUUCUAAAGAGUGAUGAACGUGUUUUAAUUGAUAAAUAGAAGCUAGUUUUGUCCAUUGCACUGUCUUUGUUUUGGCUCAUCUGUCCCACCUUCUGUCAUGUUUUCAGGUGAUGCUUCAUUUUGUGAAGGUGUUUAUAAAUGGUGCUUGUGGAAUCAUGGAUACGAUUAUUUUCUUUCUCAGGUUCUUUAUCUAGUUUUUGUUGUCUGAGCAUUUUUUUGCUUCUUUGUUCUGUUUUUAAGUGUCAAUCUGAAAGAAAUGAUGAUGACUUUCCUUUCAUCGAUUUAAGCUCUUGAAUAAUAUUGUUUUUCAAGUCUUUAUUUCAUAUUUUGGUGCACUAUUAAAACAUAUUUUUAAA